AUGGCGUCCUCAGGCGAUCUCCCUUCGGAGAUCCUCCUGGCAUUAUCCAAGUCGGAACCUAUUCUGUCCCAAGAAGCCUUCCCUAAUGCCACCUUCGCAGAGGUCAAGGCAGCUCUCGACAAACUUGCGUCGCGGUCUAUGGUCACCUACAAAACGAUUGAGAAUGACGAAGCAGCCCUCGAGCCCGAGGCAGAGGGCAUUGUCGCCAACGGUAGUCAUGAGGCAAGAGUCUUCGAAGCUUUGCGACAGGCUGUUGAGGGCCUCACUGUCCAGGACCUCGAGAAGACCAUUGGUGACAAAAACGUCACCAAGGUCGGCCAGGGGAAAGCCUUCAAGGAGAAGUGGAUUUCAAAAACUAGCGAUGGCAAGCUCAAGGCCUCUACCGAUUCGAUCAAAGACACGACCAGGGAGCAGCUCAAGGCCAUCAAAGAGACGAAAACGUUCCCCGACGCCAAAAUCCUAACCGAUCUGAAGAAGCGAAAGCUGGUCAAGAUACAGAAAGUCAUCCACUUCAGGAUACAGAAGGGCGACAAGUUUGCAUUGGAAAUCGCCAAGGAGGAGACGGACCUCACGGCGGAGAUGCUACACUCAGGCGCAUGGAAGACUGCAACCUUCAAACCAUACAAUUUCAAGGCACUGGGAGCGGACCAACGCGCAGGAGCUCUGCACCCGCUGAACAAGGUGCGAUCCGAGUUCCGGCAGAUCUUCUUCGACAUGGGCUUCGAGGAGAUGCCGACCAACAAGUUCGUCGAGUCUGGUUUCUGGAACUUCGAUGCGCUGUUCGUGCCACAGCAACAUCCCGCCCGAGAUUUGCAAGAUACCUUCUACAUUUCGGACCCGAAGCAAGCAGAUCUGCCUCGAGCGACGGGCCCAGAUGACAAGGCUGAUUACAAGACGUACGUGGAGAACAUCAGGGCGGUGCACGAGAACGGAAAGUUCGGAUCCAUUGGCUACAGAUACCCUUGGUCAGAGGAGGAGUCGAAGAGGCUGGUUCUGCGGACACACACGACCGCUAUCUCGACAGCUGUGCUGCACAAGCUUGCCCAACAAAAGGGCCCUGCUGGACGGCCACCACCAGCAAAAUGUUUCUCGAUCGACAGAGUCUUCCGGAACGAAUCAGUCGAUGCGACGCACUUGGCAGAGUUCCACCAGGUCGAGGGUGUUGUCGCCGACUACGGACUGACACUGGGAGGUCUGAUGGCGUUCAUGGAGGAUUUCUUCAACAGGAUGGGUAUCACAGACCUGAAGUUCAAGCCUGCGUACAACCCUUACACCGAGCCCAGCAUGGAGAUCUUCAGCUACCACAAGGGUUUGAACAAGAUCGUCGAGAUUGGCAACAGCGGUAUGUUCCGGCCGGAGAUGCUGGAGCCUAUGGGCCUGCCCAAGGACAUGCGGGUGUACGGCUUUGGUCUGAGUUUGGAGAGACCGACCAUGAUCAAGUACGGCAUCUCGAACAUCCGCGAGCUGCUUGGACAUAAGGUGGAUCUGAAUUUCAUCGAGCGGAAUCCGGCUGUUCGUUUCUAG